AUGGGUCAAGGAAAUUCUAAAUUAUCAAGUGAUGAUAUUAAAAAAAUAAUGAGCAAAACUAAUUAUACUAGUGAGCAAGUUAGUCAAAUCUUAAAGGAUUAUCAAUCAGUUAAUCAAGAUAGUAAAGGUCUUUCAUUGGAAGAGUUUAAAUCAUUCUUUUCAAUUAGAUUUAAAGAUUAUGAUGAUGCUUCAAUUUUACAUAUGUUCAAAAUUUUCGAUAGCGAUAAAAAUGGUAGAAUUAGUUUUAAAGAAUUUGUUGGUGCAUUAUUUAUAAUUACAAAAUCACCAGUUUCAGAUAAACUUUCAUUUUUAUUCGAUAUGUUUGAUCGUGAUUUAAAUGGAUAUUUAGAUUUAGAGGAAAGUUAUAAUAUCCUUAAAUUAGCAUUAAAUACAAGUGUUGGUUUAGGUUUCGAUGUUAGUCAAGCUGGAAGUUUUGCUGAAGGUUUAUUAAAUAGUAUGAAUAGAAAUUCACAUGGUGGUAUUACAAAAGAAGAAUUCAUUAAAAAAGCCUCUGUCAAUGAUACCUUUGUUAGAAUGUUAUGUUUAUAUCAAAGCUAUGAUACUUUAUUAUACUAA